AUGGCGAAAUGGUUACCCAGUGAACCAAAUCAGAAGAAACGAUGGGACGUCAUAUUCGCUAUCAUAUGUAUCGCACAAACUGUGGUUUUGACAACCUACUACUUUUCAACUGCCUAUAAUCGUCAAGAUUAUACACAACCACCUGCAUUUCCAGGUCAGCUCGACUACUGGACUGAUUGCGGUCUCUCAGCAAGCGAAGCGAGGGCUCGCAACUGUCAUUUCGAUCCAAUGCUAUAUGCAUGGAUCCCCCAUGAGUGCUUCCACCCAGAGCCAAUGGACGAAUACCACCCUUUCGAAGAUCGCAUCUGGUAUAAAGACACGAACCUCACACAGCCAUUGGACCAAGUGGAGAUGGAGCAACUGACGUUGGGAAAUAUUCGAAUUGCUUACACGCAUACCUUUCAUCAUGAGCACUGCCUGUAUGCGAUGCGCAAAUUAGCCAUGGCAACUGAGAAGCGGUGGUUGUUGAUUGAUGGAAGAUCUGCUGAUGUACACCACGCAACACACUGUGCGAAGCAAAUUGCCUCAUUUGUCAAAGGGACGGUUGAGAAAACUCACAGCACGGAGAACGAGCUCGCCACAGCACAUCUACAAUUUCCUGGCUGCGUGGCAAUGCCAUGGCGGCUUUGA